UCCCACCUCCUACAGCGUCCACGAGUUUUGCCCCACCUCCGACUGUCUACCUUGGUGGAGUUCCUUUUCCAGGUUGACGUUGCUCGCUGGUUGCUGAGUAGGCGGCCCGUGGGUUUGUUGACCGCUACCAGAAAACGAAAUCCUGCUGGUAGUGCAAGUUUUCUCCGCACCGUGCGUGGUGCUUCUUUCCGUGUGUUCUAUACGUGAAGCUCACGUAAUUCGUCAGCAGCGUUGUCACUUAAGCUCGUUUUCCCCUCAAGCGUCGCAACCCUUUCUUGUACAUAGAGGCGCGAAUUCGAAGAUGCUGAGGGUUGCUAGUGCACGCUCGCAGGCUCGCCUGGCAACCAUUCUACAACGUGGUUACCACAAGAACGUCGUUGACCACUACAACAAGCCUCGUAACGUCGGAUCGUUCAACAAAAACGACCCUAAUGUCGGCACAGGGCUAGUCGGUGCACCGGCUUGUGGUGACGUCAUGAAGCUGCAGAUUAAGGUUGACGAAAACGGAAAGAUUGUCGAUUCCUGCUUCAAGACGUUUGGCUGCGGAUCGGCGAUUGCAUCUUCUUCCGUCGCCACGGAAUGGGUGAAGGGGAAGUCAGUUGACGAGGUCAUGACAAUCAAGAACAGUGACAUCGCCAAGCAUCUCUCUCUUCCCCCGGUGAAGCUGCACUGUAGCAUGCUGGCCGAGGAUGCUAUCAAGGCAGCAGUCAAGGAUCUCCAGGGCAAAAGAGGAGUAGCUAAUAGCGAGGAUAGUAGCACAGAGGCUGCUGCUGCUGUGCAAGCAGCUUGACUGAUGUGAUGGAUGACUGGCUGUUCUAUGUAAUUGCUGCUUUUCCUUUUCAUACACCUCUGCUUUCUUCAACCAGCGCU